GGGCGCUGCAGCCGCUCCGUUUCGAAUUAUCGCAGCGCUUGUUAUUGUGUACAGUUUGUCCCUCGCAGGUUUCCGCUCCUCUGCUCAGACGGUGCACGCGCACAGUCUGCUGGGAUCUCGGCUCCUGAGAGGAAGCAGGAUGACGACAGCUGCACGACCAACGUUCGAGCCUGCUCGCGGUGGGCGGGGCAAAGGAGAGGGCGAUCUGAGCGCACUCUCUAAACAGUACUCCAGCAGAGACUUACCUGGACACACCAAGAUCAAAUACAGGCAGCCCACCCAGGAUGCCCCUGAGGAAGUGCGUGCUCGUGAUUUUAGGCGUGAGCUGGAGGAGAGAGAGAGAGCAGCUGUGAAAAACAGAGAGCGGGGAGCAAGAGAACACACCUCCUCCUCCUCUUCCUCCUCCUCUUCUUCGUCGAAGCGUCCACGCCUCGAUCAGAUUCCUGCUGCGAACCUGGACGCAGAUGACCCUCUCACUGAUGAUGAUGAGGACUCUGACUCCGACUCUGACAGUGAUGAUGACACGGCUGCCCUGCUGGCUGAACUCGAGAAAAUUAAGAAGGAACGAGCAGAGGAGCAGGAGAGGAAGGAGCGGGAGCAGAAGGCAGAGGAGGAGAGGAUUCGGAUGGAGAACAUUCUGAGUGGAAAUCCACUGCUGAACCUCGCUGGGCAACAACCACAGCCACAGACCACCUUCAGAGUAAAACGCAGGUGGGAUGAUGACGUGGUCUUUAAAAACUGUGCUAAAGGUGUGGACGAGUCUCGGAAGGAGAAGCGCUUCAUUAACGACACGCUGCGCUCUGAAUUCCACAAAAAGUUUAUGGAGAAAUAUGUCAAAUAAGCCACCUGACCUUUGACCUUUUGUUCUGUGUUCCAUGUUCUCCUUACUGUUCUCAUGAUUUGUGUUUUUUUUGUUGGUUAUUGUGUUAUUAAAGUUUUUGAUCUCUUUAUUA